GGAAAGGAGCGAGCAGGCGAGCGGGAGUCAGGGCAGGAAGCUGGUUUCUCAUUCCUCUAACUGUCCAAAGGCAGGAGGAGGGGAAGGGGGGGGAGCCAAAGAGGAGCCUUGUGCAGACUCUUCCCCCCGGUCCCUUUUCAUUAGUCCGUUUGAACUUCCAGUCUCCUCCGAAAGCCGAGAGAAGGACAAACCACAUUGGGACGCUUUCUGCUGCUGGGAGUGUCGACAGUGCGGCUGAUGAAACCCAGAAGGUGGCCGUGGAGGGUCCCGGGACCGUGCUGAGGGACUUAGCACCCCCUCCUUCACCAUCGCCUGCCCCCAAGUUGCCAACCCCGAUGCGGGCACCCGUCCACCACCCACUUCCCUCCGAUGAGAACCCUUCCGGGCUCAGGCUAUGAUCGCUGCUGCUGCUGGCUGGGCAGCCUCCUCUCGCCCUGACCGUCCUCUGCCACAGGAGCAGCCCAACAUCUGGUGGGGAUUCAUGUUUACUUCUCUGGCUGGACGCUGCUCGGGACCCCCGAUGUUGCUCCUUGGGAGCGGGGCACGGGCCGUGGUCUAAGGAGAAGAGCGAGAUUCUUAUCGCCCAGCGUGAGGCUGGGGGGGUGGGGGGCAAGGCAGGAGGGGGGAGAACCUCUUUUGGGACUAACCUCAUGAAGAACAAGGGAGCCAAACAGAAACUCAAGAGGAAGGGAGCCGCGAGCGCGUUCGGCUGCGACCUGACGGAGUAUCUGGAGAGCUCUGGGCAGGAUGUCCCCUACGUGUUGAAGAGCUGUGCGGAGUUCAUUGAGACUCAUGGCAUUGUGGAUGGGAUCUACCGCCUCUCAGGAGUGACAUCCAACAUACAAAAGCUGAGACAAGAGUUUGUGUCUGAUCAAUGCCCGGAUCUGACAAGGGAAGUUUACCUCCAGGACAUCCACUGCGUGGGGUCACUCUGCAAGCUGUACUUCAGGGAACUGCCCAACCCUCUCCUCACUUAUGAACUCUACAAGAAAUUCACGGAAGCAGUAUCCCGCUUCCCCGAGGACGAGCAGUUGGCACGAAUUCAGAAUGUCAUCCAGGAGCUCCCACCAUCGCAUUACAGAACGCUGGAAUACCUGAUCAAGCACCUGACUCACUUGGCCUCCUUCAGCAACAUGACCAACAUGCAUACCAGAAACCUGGCCUUGGUGUGGGCUCCCAAUCUCCUCAGGUCAAAGGAGAUUGAGGCAGUUGGCUGCAAUGGGGAUGCAGCUUUCCUGGAGGUACGAGUGCAGCAGUUGGUGAUUGAGUUCAUCUUGAAUCACGUGGAUCAGAUCUUCAGCAACAACAGGAAAGCCAGCUCUGCAGAGAACAUUGAGAGCGCAUCGGUGGUGAAAAGCCUGACCCUCCCCUCGGCUUCCCUGCCCAUGAAACUGGUGAGCCUGGAAGAAGCGCAGGCACGGAGCCUGUCUGCAUCCCACCCUGCUCGGAAGGAGAGGAGGGAGAACAGCUUGCCUGAAAUUGUGCCUGUAACCGGGUCUCUCUUCCACACAGUUGUUGACCUCCCCGACAGCAAGAGAAAAUUAUCUACCAAGUCCAAGAAAUGGAAGUCAAUAUUUAACUUGGGCCGUUCUGGCUCAGAAUCAAAGUCUAAACUGAGUCGAAAUGGGAGUGUCUUCGUAAGGGCACAGAAGCUUUCUGAAAAAGCAACUAUUCGGCCCGCGAAGAGCAUGGACUCGCUGUGUUCCCUGCCAGUGGAAGGGGAGGAUGAGAAGAGCAGAUUCAAACGGGCAGUGACUACUGGAGGGUUUUUUGUUCCGGUGAUGAAGAUACGCACAGGAGGCACAGGCAGCUCGUAUGACCUCAGCAAGGAGAAUGAGUGGGAGAGGGAAGGAUCUGCCAUGGUAGCCAGAGGAAGCACAGAGCUGAGUGGGGAGAAAGGUCCCCCCCGGACACCACAGGCAAAGUCACCCCCUGAGCAGCUGAAGGUCUUCCGGGCAGCAGAGGAUGCUGAGAACGAGCAGACUUCCCCCAAAGGCGGCCGCAUGUUCUACACGUGUGAAACAAGCACCAAGUCGGGCUUCCCAAACAGCCUCUUCCCCUUGGAGGCCUCCCCUCGCCACCAGAGGAAAGCCCUGAACAUCUCAGAGCCUUUCGCUGUCUCUGUCCCACUGCGAGUAUCUGCAGUCAUCAGCACCAACAGCACCCCAUGCCGUGUGCCCACCAAGGAGAAGCUUUCCCUCUCCAGCCUAGAGGAGCUGUCCUCCCUGGUGGCUGAGAACACGAACCCCUCUGCCUUGGAAGCAGGGACCCACACGAGGACAGAGCAGGUGCUGGAGAGGAAGGAGAAACAGCCGGGGACCACUGUGCCAGUGGCAGCAUCCAGAGGCUCACCCCCUGAGGAGCUGGUGGAAGCCAGGAAACCUGAGUCCUUAGAAACUCCACAGCCAGCCUCAGAAAAUGAGAUGUUAUGUGGGCAAAGCAGCCCCAGCAGCCCCAGCAGCCCCCAGCAGUCCUCAGAGCAGAGUCCUACCUCGGAACAAACACCAACCUCAGAGGUUCAUAAGGGGCCGCUGCCUGCAAACAAGGCCGAGCAAGGACAGCUCAAGAAAAAGGAUGUCUCCUCAGAAGGCAGCUGUGGUCAGCAGGAGAUCAAGACAGCCAAGACAGAAGAAGAGUCAUGCUUUAGACAUGUGACUGAGGAAGACCCUGCCAAUGCCCUUCUAGAACCGCUGUGGCCAGAGAUACAGCAGGAACUGAAAAUCAUUGAGCCUGAAGAGGAGCUCUUGCUCUUGCCAGCUGCUGUCCCCAGGAUGGGACUGAUUUCUGAAUCCUCUUCUUCAACACAAGCAGAUAGUUCCUCCUCCGGCCCAGGGCAGAGUCCAGCCCUGUCUGAGCAGAAAUCUGCAAGCAGAACACCACAGGUAACAACUCAGGUGCCUUUGUUUGGUGCCACCAGCAUUGAACAAGAAGACAGUCUCCACAAGGGUCAGUCUGAUGUGGUUGCACAGCAGAGCUGUGCUUCAGCCCUACCCAAACUGGGUACUUCUCCAACUGGCACAGCCACUCCAAAGAACCACCACGCAGUGGUGGACAGCGUGAGUGAAUGUCUCACUCCUCCCCUGGACUGGAAGCUCUGUGGUCAAUCAGAAUUUAAUGAGGUUGCUCCAAGUGAUGGAUUUUCUUGUUCCAAAGGAGCAUGUCCAGAGUCAGGGAGAGAAAAAGAUAGCACUUGUCAGCUGCAGAGGGAAAAGGAUGGUCUUACCAGAGGCCAGGCUCAGAAGGAGAAGCCUGAAAUCAUGGCUGCUGAUAAAAGGGACACAUUCUGCUCCAAGGCACUGGGUGGAGCUGGAAUCCAGGAGCUGAAGGAGGGCAAUGCUGUUAGCAGAACCCAUGAUGCUGGUGAUCAGGAUGAUGAGGAUACCUGGACAGAUAAUGUACAGAGCUUAGAACUUGUGGAGCCAUGGGAGGAUCACCAGUGGGUUACAAGCCCACUCCAUUCCCCCACCUUUAAGGACAUUCAGGAGAAGAUGAUACAGGAGUUUCAGCCGCAGAGCCAGAGAGCAGAGACAGGCCUUUCUCUUAGACCACGAUUCAGCCGCAGCCUCUCCCUGGACAGUAAAGACACAGUGAUGAGUCUGUGGACUAUCCCAUUCUCUUUCAUAGAUGCCACUGACCAACAGCAGCCAUGCAGUGACAUUCUGCCAGUGACUUGUGAGCUGCCCAAGACACAACCCGUCUCCCUGUCUAGUUCAGGCAAAGUUAAGCAAGGUGAGAAUGGCACAAGUCCUCCUGAAGAACCUGCCAAAAAUGAUGAGCUGAGGUGCCCCCUCACCAGGGAGGAAGCACCAGCUGAGAAGGAGGCACCUUCCAGAAUCCUUCUUUCACAGCCAGAGGAAAAGAAAGUGGAUGUGAGCAAAGAAAACCCUUGGAGCUCAAAGCUUGAACUGCCUUUACCAUACCAAAAUAGCUCAGGCAGCUCUUCACAGGCAAAGAACAUAGAGGAGAAGUUAUCCAUGUCUCAGGACCCUGCCCUGGGAGGAGAGACUGUUAUCAAAGCGUUGUGCUCUGCCACUGAGUCACAGCUGAGUAGUAAAGGUGAAGAAACACCUCGUAAAGUGAAGACUCGGCCAUCAUCCCUCAACUUGGAUUCACUCCUUCCAGCCCCAGAUUUUUUCACAUUCGAGAGCCUGUCCAUGCCUUCUGCCCCUGGGAACCUCCUGUGCGGACAGAAGGAAGUGAAAAGCAGUGAUUCUGUCCCAUCACUGCCCACUGCCUGCCCUGCUGCCAGUAAAGGCGUUACUUGGGGGUCUCAUUUCAAUGCCCAUGUGGAUCUAGACUUGGAUUACCUAGCGGUAGCCCAUGCCACCACUGGCCGUCGUAACUCUGCCCCCGUCAGUGUGUCGGCGGUCAGGACCUCCUUCAUGAUUAAGAUGUGCCAGGCUAGAGCGGUGCCUGUGAUACCGCCCAAGAUCCAGUACACCCAGAUCCCCCAGCCCCUGCAGGCUCAGAACGCUGCUCCUCCAGCUGAGAAGAAGGAAGCAGAAGCCAAGCAGGCAGUCAGGCAGACUCAACGAGUGGCAUGGAGCCACUUGGAGACCCCCAAGAGCCCUCUGGCAGAGAAGAAAGCCAAAGCAGAGAAAGAAAACAGUGACCCAGCUCAAAAGGACUCAGCCUGCCCUUGGCACAGCAGCCUUGGAUCUCCUCUGGAGCCAUCUCAGUCCAGUCAGUACCCUGCUACGGAUGCCCCUGUUCUGCGCCGAAAGCGCACCUCCGAGGGGGAGACAGCUGGAGAUACCCCACAGUCCUCAAAGAUGGAGAGGCCAUCAGGGUUCUCCAAGCCUUCCUAUAGGUCCAGGCCUGGCAGGCCCCAGAGUCUGAUUCUCUUCAGUCCCCCUUUCCCCAUCAUGGACCACCCCUCCUCUUCAGCAGACUCCAGGGUGUUGCUAUCACCCAUAAGGAGCCCUACUCAGACCACCUCUUCAAGCCCCAUUUGUGGCGAUCUGUCUGAGCCUUCGCGGACAACGCCUGAGGGGGUGACGCUGCGGAACAAAAUGACCAUCCCCAAGAAUGGCCAGAGACUGGAGACCUCCACCAGCUGCUUUUACCAGCCCCAGAGGCGCUCUGUGAUUCUGGAUGGACGAAGUGUGAGGCAGAUCGAAUAGCAACUGCCUCUCAUAUUCCUUUUUCAUAGUGGAUGGGACAGGAGUGUCCAUGACCAACUCUGCUGCCAUUUUGCUGUUCUUAGAACUAUUUUGUGCAAGAUGGACCCGAAUCCUUUAGGGUUUCCUGCAAAGCAUUUUGCUAUGGAGAUUCAUAGUCUUUUUGUCUUGCUUCUCCUUCCCUUUCUCACCCCUGCCUAUUCCCUCACCGUCUGCUUCUUUUUUUGCAAGCCAGUCCCAGGGAACUUGCAUUUCCUCAUAGUCAUUGUCUAACAAAGCCCCGUGAAAGUCCCAUCCUCCCUAUGAAAAAAACAAAAAGAAAAAUAAAUCUUGGUAUAAUUAGAAAGUAGGGCUGGGGGGAAACAUUGUUCCAAAGCACUGCAGCCCACAGUGCAGGGGCACAGCAUCUGCUGAGGAGGUAAGUCCAGAUGUUUGGGACCUUCUUCCAUUGUUUCCCAGCCACCAGUGAAGGACCAUGCCUAUCCUUCCCUGCUGCCUGAUUUAGACAGUGUAAAUCAACAGUGCAGGAGGCUGGGCAUAGCUGAAGAAGAAGGUGAAGCUGGCAUGAGCAAGUCAUACAGGGUGUAAAACACCCAAGGAUGUUGCAGUGACAAACAUACAACCUGAAGGUGCUGCCUCCAGCUCUGUCCUUGCGUCAGAGAUGUGCUCUUUCCAGCAUGUGCAAGGGCUGGAAUGGAAGCAGCUGGGCAGGAAACACCUAGCUGUUCCUUUAAUCUCCCAAAUCCAGCUCAUGAGCUCUGUUGUGCUCAACCACACCUCCCUGGGGCGGACAAGGUCCAUGUGGCUGGGGAAUGAGUGUGAAGCUGACUGUUCAGUGGUAGAGACUUCUCAGGCUGCUGUCGGUGAAAGCAAAGACACAGUCUUAACAAAGGCCAGAAUCAACUAUUUCCAUCAUUGCUUAAAGCCAGAUGACACCUCUGCAACUAUCUCCAGCGGUGCUCCACACUGCCAACGGGGGAAAAGCAAGAGCAUCUUUUGACUCACAUGGCCUUGGGCUACUGCCCUCUUGCACCCUGACUGACUUAUCUUUGACCCUUGGUCUUUCAUUGCCACUGUGUGGCAUGUCCCCAUGUGCUUCUUCUUCCUUUAAACCUCCUCUCUUUGUGGUUUUACACUGUUUCUUUGAGACCACAGCUGGUUGUCACCUCCCUUGGUCUUCACUGCUUUCAGAUGGGUUGAGAUUAUGGCAAAGAGGAUGAUGUUUAGGACUGCGGAACAGAUAAUGAACAUUACAAUGAGAGGGGGAUUUGAAGUGAAUUAAAUUCUCUCCUGAAGGGUUGUUAUUGUUACAGGCAAAUACGCAUUCAUAUAAGCAACAGAUGCCACAGAAACAGAAUUAAAGGUUCCUUUGUAAAGCCUCUAACUCUACAUUCACAGCAGGCUCUCUAUUGCCUGGUAUGUGACCGGGGGUGAUUGCAAAGGCACGUACAGCCUGUGCUGUCUCUGCAAUUUAAGUGCCACUGGAGACUACAGAGAUGGGAGCACAGGUGUUGCUGCCAGCACUGAGAUUUUCCCUGUAAUGGUGCUUGCAGAGGCCAUCAUUCAUGGGGAGGUCUGUGUCUGUAAGCCCUUGGGUGGGUAUUAUGGGCUAUAGUUUAUGAAGUAACUGAGCAUCUGGUAGGAAGUGCUAUAGCCACCACAAUGAGUGUCAGUCAGGAUUUCCUGAGAGAUGUAUGUUUAGGGCUUUUUUUGUGAAGUACUGGCAUUUUUAAACUGUUAGCAAACCCUCGAGCUCCUGGUGGGUACUGAAUGUGUCACUUCAUGUGUCAUUGUGGCUGGAGGGCUCAGAGCCUGUGCUGUGCUUUCUGUGCACUCUGGUUGCUAAAGGAGGGAGAUGCCAGAGUACUUUUGAGAAGUUCUGGCCCCACAAGUGAAAGGAAUGUAUCUUCAGCAGAAUUUUCUCCUAGAAUCCAAAGGGAGUGUGAAAAAACUGGAGGGCUUUUCCCUGUCAGUGCUUGCAGCUUUUGAUCCUCCCCGCUGUACUUCUCGCUUGUGCAUAACGCCAUGUGAGGGGGAGCAGAGCAGAGAAUGAAGCCCAUGCUGUCAGUGUUGUGGAGGGAGAAUAUUACACCGGACAAGAGCCUGGAGUUCUUGUUGCAGGUCCGUGGUCUUUCACAGAUUGCAGCCCAUGCUUUACCUGGGCACGCCGUGGACGGCAGGUCCAGAAUAAUCAGCUUCAUGACGAUUGUGCUUUCCUUCUCCCUGACCAUAAAAUGCCUGUGAAGCCUCCCAUUAAAACUAGGGGAUUGCCAGUCCUCAGUGCUCUUCACAGCACAGCUUUGCUCGGCAUUUACAUGGCACCCAAAUUCCUUUUUUACCUCCUCAUGGGAAAGCUUUCAACCACCAUGGCUCAGUUAAUGGCAAAUGACAUGAGAAGAUGUGAUACGAGGUAUUGUGGUAAAGUAUAGAGAAAGUAAAAGGUAUGGAAAUGAUGCACAGGAUUUUUUGGCAUCAACAGAACAGUUUACUUUGGACGGGGAUUUAUAUUCUCUCAGUUCCUAGAAGUUCUAUCUGCCAAGGCAUCUGGAAUGGGGCCAGCAAAGCUCAUGGAGUAAUGUGGAAAGGAAAAGAAAAUGUGAUGAAACCUUGGCACCUUAAAACAGUUCUUCUCUCUCUAUUUUUUUCCUCCUCCCUAUUCUCAUAUAAGCUGAUCUGUGAACAAGAAAUGAGGUCUGGCAAUUUGUAUAUAGCACACUGUCUUAAUUCUUAACAGCGUUCCAGUAAGUAAUAGUGCUUUUGGCAUAAGUGGCGAAAUUCCUGCAAGAGAAAAUGACUCUAAAUCUUUACUUAAUAUUAAAGAUCAGCCUCACCUAAAAUCUGUAUCCAGACUAUACUUUUUGAGGGUGUUUCGGAAUUUGAACUCGGAGCCAGGUCCUGGGUUUUAAUGAAGCAGAGAUUCUGCAAAUGACAUCUCUAUUCUGUAGCUUGAUCCCAUCUCUAUCUACAGUUACCUGCAAAGCUGAGAGAGUACUUGCUGAGAGUACUGUGCAAGGUGCACCACUGCACCGAGGUCACCAUUCCCAGCUCCAGACUCAGACUUCUGCAGACUUUGUAAUGCUUAAUGACGGGCCCAUGUUAAUACUGAUAGUUGCAGGACCAGAACUUGAUAGAGCCAGGAGUUAGAAGCCAUCUCCCAUUGAAUAGUGCUGAAUGUGUGGUUGGAGCUUCCUGAGAUCCAGCCUUAUUAAGAGAUUCCUGAGGUCAGCUUCAGGGUCAGACCCACUCUCAUCUUUGCUUCAGAGCUAUUAGCUUGCUUUCUGCUAUCCUGCAUCAGCAGACUGAACCUGUGACUGGAAGCAAUCCUGAAGUUCAGGGUUUUGCAGUGGUACUUUGUGGGUACCAAACUCCUGCCCUCCAGGACAAGCCUGCAACACUAGAGCCUUUAAGAAAGGGUUUGGGUUCUUUUGCUCGAUUUUGGGUUGGUUUGGGUGUUUAUUGUGUGUGAAGUAUUACGGAGAGGGACAGACUGUUUUAUGGGAGAUGGGUCUGCCCAGAAUUUGAGGUUUUGUCUACAGGAGAGUUAAGUCAGGUGUUCUCAGCAUUAUGGAAAGGACCUUCCUGAACAGACUGGCACAUCAUUUGCAGCUCUACAAGGAUCAUUUCAGGGACCCUGCAGUACAUUUUGAAGAGUGUCAAGGCUGCAGAUGGCCCCAAUCUGUCAUGAUGUGGUAUCACCAGCAUAUGCUGCUUGGGGGCUUCCACCGAUGGGAGACAAGAGACACUUAUUCUUCUCAUGUAGUCAGGCAGUUUGUACAGCUUCUGUUAAUAGUAACCCAGAGUGAAAUGGCUGGGCUGUCAAAGAUGAGAAUCCCCUGAUGGAAAGGAGGGGCAUGGAGAAUGUUAGCUCACGUGGGAGCUGCUUUAUUGGCAGGAGAGUAAACAGGAGGAUUGUAUUUUACGGUAUAAACCACAUUCCUCUGACCUGUCUAUCCCAUGCUAUCACUUCAGAAGGACUGAAGCUCUUCUUUUUUUUCACCUUUAUUGCUUCAGAGGAAUUUAGGUCUGUAUCAGAGAGCAUCCAUAAAAUCCUGCAACAUAUUCCCUCAUCCAGAGUCCAAAUGGUGCAAUCAAAGUAUUGUUUCUUUCUUUAUGAAUUCUGAAAUGCCUGUAGUGGUGAAUAUUGUGUUGAAUUUAUAUAUAUAUAUAUAUAUAUAAAAGAACAUUUUAUAAAUAUUAAAAUGGAAAUUUAAUUAAAAUGAAGGAAUUGCCUAAAUAGAAUCCUGCACAUCUGUGAAAUGGGCUCAUGCAUGGAACUGGUUUCUGCUGUAAGUUUUGUAGUACUGAGGGUAUGAGAUCAACUGGCUUUUUGCCCACAGAGGAGAAGCUAAUAUGUGGUGGGCAAAAGGCUUGAAUCUGCCCUCCUGAUCAGGAUCUUGUCCUGAGAGAGAAGAAAUGAGAUCAGCACAGACAAGAGUGCAAGGACUGAUUUAAGUUGCCACCACAAGCAUCUCCUCAGUCCUUGGAGAUGCAAACAAUCUACUGGAGCAUGUAUUGCCCUUCAGGCAUGCCCAGGCUUUGCAGUUGUCCUUUUGCUUCUCUCCAUUUCUAGGGAAAACUAAUCUCUAGGGGAGGGGAGAAGGUGUAGCUGAUGCCUAUUUGGUUUAGUUUUGGCUUGCUCCUAAUUGAUGUAAAGGCUCAGUGAUAACUAAUCCUGCUCCAAGCAAGGAAUGAAAAGCUUGCCACGGAGCUCAACUGGAGAUGGAGCAGGACUUCAACAGCCCUGGAAAGGAAGGGUGGCAGGAGGCAAGAGCUUCCUGAGGGCUCCAUGCAGCAGACCAGACCUUAGCUCUUGUUCUUGCAGGCACUGGUCCCCUUUGAAUUAUUCUUUGCUGCCAGGUCAAGGGAAGGGCUGGAAGUCAGACACUGUGAAAAGGACUGUCCCCAUCCCACUGGCCCCCGUUUGGGAUUACUUCUCCUGCUAGCUCUGAAGGAUUGUAUUUUUGUUCAGCUUUGUUCUCUGUGUGGACUUGCCUGCCUUUGUGCCUUUGCUUUUAAAAAGAAAGAAAAACAACAGACAAAAAAGAAAGAUGUUUUGCCAGGUCUCAGCCAUGAGAUUAAACUGGAGUUUUUAUAAAAACA